AUGGGUCUUGAUUCCAACAUCGUGUCUCCAAGUGAAUCCCACGCUAGCUCCUCCGGAGAGCCAGAUGGGAUACCUUCAAAGUCGCGGAAACGUAAAGGGUCAAGAACGGUGUCUUCGUUGACGCCUGCACAGCUCGAGCGAAAGAGGAGUAAUGAUCGUCGCGCGCAAAGGGCUAUCAGAGAGAGAACGAAGCGCAAGAUGGAAGAUUUUCAGGUUGUCCUAUCACAGAAGGAAGAGACGAUUCAGGAGCUCAGGAGAAAGGUUUGCUACCUGGAAGACGAGCUUACGAGGUACAUGGGCGGGGACUCAUGCUCGGCACAAGCACAAGUUCCCAACGCCGACCAUAAGCCGACCGGCCUGAUCAAGCGAGAUGCAAAUUCACGGUCUUCUUCUUUGUCUAUCAGUAUAGCGGAGAGCCACGGUAGUAGCAAUGCCGCCUCGGACGAAACCGCUCCUUCGUCAACAGGUUCAGGCACCCGUGGCACAGCACCGCUAUCAACCAGAGGCUCCAGGGCCAUGGCAGGAGUCUACAAUAGGAUAGGCCCAGACUAUGAGUCCUCUGCCAUGCUUGGCCUACCAGCGACCCAGACUCAAGGAGCGCCAGCAUCCUCUUGGCCCACAAACGCCCUCGCUACACUAUCCACGGCUUCCGCAUCCGUGCCAGAGGAAAGCAUUCACGCUUUCUUCCCAACCAACCCGCUUCUGGGUGCACCCAAUGUGCCAGCUAGGCCGCAGCGAGCUAUGGAGGAGCUCCCGCAAGCCGAGCCCGCCAAUUUCCGGGCUCUCUCAGCGCGUGAUGGCAACUACAACGGGUGGAUACCGCAGGCUCAUAAUACCCAUCCCUCUUGCUGGCAAGUUGAGCGCCCAGCUGGAACGUGGCCGUCAUGUGGAGAGCGAGAAGCUGAAUAUGGUAGGGCCGCGCAUUGCUUGAAGCCGUUUUGA